AUGAGCUACUCGCAAGAUGAAGCCUACCAACGCUCGUUGGAGGAUCCGGAGUCCUUCUGGGCUCGGCAAGGCAAAAACUUGCACUGGCAUAAAGAGCCAGGCUCGGUCCUGACUAGGACUAGGAGGAGACUCCGAAAUGGUGUCGAGUACCCGCAUUGGGAGUGGUUUUCAGGCGGUGAGAUAUCGACAUGUUUCAACUGCGUCGAUAGGCACGUCCUUGCAGGCAACGGCGAUCAGCCAGCUGUCUUCUACGACAGCCCCGUCACCAAAACCAAGAGUUCCAUUACCUAUUCGCAACUACUCGAUGAGGUUGAGGCCACGGCCGGCGCCCUGAGGGAAGAAGGCGUGAAAAAGGGUGAUGUGGUGCUGGUUUAUAUGCCGAUGAUACCUGCUGCCCUAAUUGGCAUUCUCGCUAUCAACCGGCUCGGCGCGGUACACGCCGUCGUUUUUGGCGGCUUUGCCGCCGCCUCACUAGCUCAACGGAUCGAAGCCUCCAAACCCGUAGCCAUUCUCACGGCUUCUUGCGGGAUCGAUGGGGCUAAGCCGCCUAUGAGCUACAAGCCCUUCAUCUUGGAAGCUAUUCAACUAUCCAGCCACAAGCCUACUCGCGUCGUAGUCUGGCAGCGGGACGAGCUACGAUGGGAUGGCUUGAACAGGCAAGCCGGCGAGCGCGAUUGGUCCAAGACGGUGCGCAGCUGCAGGGCGAGAGGCGUGAAGGCGGAGUGCGUCCCGGUCGCAUCAACUGAUGGAAUCUACAUAAUAUACACCAGUGGCACGACAGGCUCCCCUAAAGGUGUUGUUCGACAAGCUGGUGGCCACGCAGUCGGGCUGCAUCUUUCGAUAAGUUAUCUGUUCGGCGUCCACGGGCCUGGAGAUGUGAUGUUCACGGCCAGCGACAUCGGCUGGGUUGUUGGACACUCGUACAUAAUAUAUGCGCCUCUCCUUGCCGGGGCCGCGACAGUUCUCUUCGAAGGAAAACCGGUCGGAACCCCCAAUAGCUCGACGCUUUGGAGGAUUAUACGGGACUACAAAGUCACGAGCCUAUUCACUGCUCCCACUGCCUUGCGUGCUAUUAAGAGGGAUGACCCCGAAAAUAAGUUCAUCAAGCAAAUAGGUGAGCAGGGCGGCCUCAGGAGUCUGAAGGCUCUCUUCCUUGCCGGCGAGAGGUCCGAGCCCUCGAUUAUCACUAUGUAUCAGGAACUUAUACGAAAGUAUGGUGCUCCCGAUGCAACCGUUGUCGAUAAUUGGUGGUCAUCGGAGUCUGGAUCGCCCAUAUCGGGUAUCUGCCUAGCUCCGUACAAGGCGGGGGAUAGGAAGGCAAUAGUUAGUAACUACAAGCCGUUGCCGAUAAAGCCUGGGAGUGCUGGCAAGGCGAUGCCAGGCUUCGACGUCAGGGUGGUAGACGACAACGGCACGGAAGUGAAGAGAGGGAAGAUGGGCAAUAUCGUUCUAGCGAUCCCGCUUGCUCCCACGGGAUUCACGACACUGUGGAAAGACGAGGAAAGAUUUUACAACAGCUACUUGAAGAGGUUCAACGGGAAGUGGAUCGACACUGGAGACGCUGGUAUGAUAGAUUCCCAAGGAUACAUCAGUAUCAUGAGUCGAAGUGACGACUUGAUUAAUACGGCCGGCCAUCGACUCUCAACUGGCUCCAUCGAACAAGCGAUAACGGGCCAUCCGCUGGUUGCGGAAGCCAGCGUAGUCGGCAUUCCGGAUUCUCUCAAGGGCCAGCUCCCCUUCGCCUUCAUAACGCUCUCGGUACCCGACCAUCCGACGUCAGCCAUCCCGGACAAGAAGCUGCACGACGAGAUUCAGGGCCGGGUUCGGACGCAGAUCGGGGGCAUCGCCACGCUCGGCGGCAUAAUACAAGGCAAGGGGAUGAUCCCCAAGACGCGGUCGGGCAAGACGCUGCGCAGGGUCCUGCGGGAGCUGGUCGAAAACGCCGUCCACGACGAGCUCGAUAACGAGGUCCAGUACCCGGCAACCAUCGAGGACGCCUCGGUGAUCGGCGUGGCGAAGUCGAAGGUGGCGGAAUACUUUAGACACAAGGGAGAUGCCCACAAAGCCAUCGAAGCGAGGGCCAAGUUGUAG